AUGGGCAAGGCUCCCAUAUUUGUCGCCAAAUGGCUCCGUAGGCACAUCUCGGCCGCCAUGAUGACCCAGCUCAGAACGUUUGCACUCCCAAUGAGCCUGGCUGACGAGUUAAUGGCUCUUAUCUGGGCAUACAUGAGUUUCAACCAAGUAUCUGUUGACUUUGAGAGAUUCAACCGAUAUGAAAAUCUGAAGCCUACGUGGAGGCUUUUGGUCAGUCAUAUCUUCGACUGCAACGUCGAUCCAUCGCACCCGUACCCUACCAUGCCGUAUUAUGCCCGCUGCAUCAGCUCGGUCAGCAACAUCCAGCUUUAA